CUACGUAAGCUGCUGUAUGCAUUGUAUUCGGUUUAUUUGUAAAAUAGAUAUAAAUUGUUCCAAAGUCACAAAGUGCACGUUUCAGUUGAUUGGUGAAUGUUCAACGGAAUUGUUAAUAUCCAAUUCAGUAAUAAUUUGUCAUCUCUAUAUGAAGCUGAACGGAUACAACGACACACGGAGAGAAAAUUAGCCCCAUCAAAAUCGAAUGAGCAAUUGAAUAAAUUUACGUGUUUCGGAAUUUCGAUAUGUUUUGUUAGCGAAAAAAAGCGAUACGAUACAGAUGUUGUUCUAGAUCUAGAUAAAAGCAGGCAAAGUACACACAGCCAAAACAGUCUUUUUUUUUUUGGUUACUGAUAACAGCCAACAGUAUUUGUGGCACUGAAUUUGUGGAAAUACACACGAUCGCAAGCAAAAGCAAAAAAAAAACGUGAUGAAACAAUAUACCAACGUUAUGAAGAAUUUUGAUAACAAACACAUUUCAAUGAUACAUAGAUAUAUGCAGUGAGUGCUUAUAUGUAGACUUUUUUUUGACGAAAUUGAUAAGGUUCGGUUAGUUGAUACAAGCUCAAUGAACCGAAUAGUAGAAGCUCUUUCUGGAGGAAAUUUGUUGUGUGUCAUUUUCUGUCAGUACAACGCAAGUAUCAGCAUUUAAAUUGUUGAUCAUAUACAUCGUUUACAUCAUUACAAUCGUAACCAGCGAUCGAGUAGGUCGUUCCUGUUCCUCGUUCAUAACCGACACAAUAAAUUUGCAAUCAUUUAAAUUUUAUCAACAUCAUAUAAUAAUUUGGUUUCAAUUGUGUACGUCUUGUCUACGUGGUAAACGUUGUGUGGAAAUCUUUGACUAAGUGAAACAAAAACGUUCUCAAAGAAAGGAAAAAUGUCGUUAACAAUUCUAGUAACUGGUGGUGCUGGCUAUGUUGGAUCACACACUGUUUUGGAAUUGCUGAAUGCCGGUUACGAUGUAAUUUGCAUUGAUAAUUUGUACAAUGCGUACAAGGAUGCAAACCAAUCAUUGCCCGAAUCGUUGCGUCGUGUUGAAGAGCUGACCGGAAAAUCGGUGUUAUUCUAUGAAAUGGAUAUUUGCGAUCGUGUUGCAUUGUCCGAUUUAUUCAAACGCCAUAAAAUUGAUUGUGUUGCACAUUUUGCGGCGCUUAAAGCUGUCGGUGAAUCAUGCCGUUUGCCAUUGCAAUACUAUCAUAAUAAUGUUAGUGGUACGUGUAUAUUGCUGGAAACAAUGGCUGCUGCAAAUAUUUUCAAUUUUGUGUACAGUUCCAGUGCAACCGUUUACGGUGAGCCGAAUGCAUUGCCGAUUAAAGAAACCCAUCCGACGGGAAAUUGUACGAAUCCAUACGGUAAAAGUAAAUAUUUUACCGAAGAAAUUUUGAAGGAUUUGAGCGCAUCGGAUAAGCGAUGGAAUGUGAUAUCGUUGCGUUAUUUUAAUCCAGUUGGUGCUCAUCCGUCGGGCCAAAUUGGCGAAGAUCCAAACGGUGAACCAAACAAUUUGAUGCCAUACAUUGCACAGGUUGCCGUCGGAAAACGACCACAGUUGAAAGUGUUUGGCAGUGAUUACGAUACACCGGAUGGUACUGGUGUCAGAGAUUACAUUCACAUCGUUGAUUUGGCCGAUGGACAUGUGUGUGCCAUCGAUAAAUUAGCCAAAAAUCAAAUUCAAGGUUUUAUCACAUACAAUUUGGGAACGGGAACCGGUUAUUCAGUAUUGGAUAUGGUUAAAGCAUUUGCAGAUGCAUCGGGUCAAAAAAUUCCAUAUGAAUUAGUUGAACGACGUCCAGGUGAUAUUGCCACUUCAUUUGCCGAUGCUACGUUAGCCAAAGAGCAAUUGGGAUGGAUUGCAAAACGUGGACUACAAGAAAUGUGCGCCGAUUCAUGGCGUUGGCAACACAAUAAUCCAAAUGGCUUUAAAUAGAUCAGCAUUUAUUUACCAAAAACAAAGAUAAUUAACAAAAAUUUUAAGUAAAUUUUGUCGAAUAUUUAACAAUUGUUUUUAUACUGUAUCGAAACACUCGUGCCAGUUAUUAAUAGCAAUAAAAAAACGAAUAUAUGAAUAAAACACCUGUAAAAAAAUCGCUGUUAAUAUUCUGGUUCGUUGAUUGUACAAAUUAUAGAAUUGUAAUUCUGCUAUUGUUAUUUUUAUGCUCUUGCAUUUUUAGAAAAAAAAUCGCCGGAAACUGUCGUAGUCACAUACCAAAUUGUUAGCAUUUAUCUAAAUUUGAAAUAAGAUGAUCACAUUGCUUUUACAUAAUAAAAUCCUAUCUACACUGCGUA